AUGCCUCAACACAGGCCGCGCUCACACUCUUACACCGGCCCAAUCAACGGCAGUAAACCAAAUCCUGCAUUACAAGCUCAACCGCCACCAUUCCAUCCCAUCAAUUCGGUCAUUAGCGACGAACACCGCGCAGCGCAUAACCUGCGUGUUCUACAACGUCACGACCCGGCAAUUCGCGUGAUUCACGAUCAGAUUCCAUAUGCCGUCGUUAGAUUGAUGAAGCCUCGUGGAGCGGCAGAGACCGAGGAUGAAGAGUCGUAUUGGGAGCAUCAGUUGGAUGGACCAGAAGGACCACUAUUCUUCGUUGAAAGAGAGGCAGAGUCACCCGACGCACGACUAGGUUUCGCAAUCCUGAAUACCAAGGAUAUCUUUUCCUGGAUUCAAAUUCUACAUAGGGAGGACGAAAUCGAGUUUUCACCAGAGAUGGCGAUCAUCGUUCCCUCUGGUCGACAAGACGUAAUGUGGCCUGCAUUACUCAUGAAGGCAUCAGACGGGCUAUAUGCACCAUUCAUCAUUCGCCUGCUUGCUAGGUGUCAUCUUCUUCUCAAGUAUGGAUUGGAGUGGCCAGAUAGAUGGAAAGCUGGACAGGGAAGACUGCCUGAACAGCAUGUCCCCGACCCUCAAUCUGCUUCACAUGAACUCGCCAACAAACCACUACGAGAAAGUGAUCUGCUCACUAUGCUCAUGGUGGGCUCGAAGAUUACAGAGAUUGAGCGGGUAGCAGAGGAAAUUGUGCGCGUCGUGACAGCAGGAGGAACAUGGUGCCGCAAUGAGUAUGUCGCACCGGAGACUGGAUGGCCACCCGAAUGGGAGGAACCAAAGGGGACGACUGUGGACGUCUGGGGCCCUGUGACAGCGAACCAUAUACCAGAAGAGACAACUACUGCCCGCGCGACACUCACGUCUUCCAGUUCCAUGACCGACCCUACUUCGACUGCAACCUUGAAUCAAGUAACCCAAUCAGCAUCCACCUCAGACGCCAGUACCAUCAAAUCUAUAGCCACAACCGGGGUUGGUAAGAAGCCAGCACCAGCAACGAAUGGCAAGAAGAAGGCAGGCCACGGAGCAUCGCAAUCACAACCACAAGCGCAGCUUCUCCAGACCCCUCCCGCUACAGCCAAGGUCCUAAACAAUGACGUUCUCUCCACAUUGCUUCACAUGCCAAUUCAACCUCGGCCACAGUCCGCGGAACUAAAGACGCCAAUGCCGUCCGACUUUAACUCUCCCCUUCCAGAUUCUUCUUUCUCUUCUGUACCCUCUCGUCCUCAAACCGACGGGUCCUCGCCUUUACCUGACCAGGGUCGAAGGAGGGGUACCCAGAGAAAGGAAAGAGGACAACCUCAGCUACAGACUAAUUUGGAUCCUCAGGCAACCAAGGCGUCGAGCCGCCGUGCAAAAGCCAAGGCACGGUCGCAGAAGCGGAAAACCCCAGAUGAUCUGGCAGCGUCGUCUGCCGCCGAAUCAGAGAGCUCAAUGGUGGAAAGUGGUGACGAGCAAGAUAUCGACGCGCACCCGACUCCACGUCCUGGCGCCCUGCUUGGAUCUGGAUAUUCGCCGUCGCAUCCGACACCCAUCGCCAGGACGCCGUCAUUUGCCAUUGUAGACGAUCGAUUGUCGGAUGAUGAUGAGGAGGAUUCCAAGUUUUCGUUCAAGACCUCGGAACCUGCUGUGGCGAGUGCUAUCGCAGAGCCGGAGGUGUUGGCAAUGGCGAAGAAGCAGCCAAAUGGGAAAAAGGCGGAUAAAAAGGGAAAGAAGGGGAAAGUUCAAUUACCUGCUCAACCCACCCCGCCUCCCAGUGCCUCCAACCUUGCAACGCCUCCCCCUGGUAGUGGAAGUGGAUUCGUCAAGUACCACCAAAGGGGAUACAUUCCGCAGAACACAGACAAAAAGCCGGCAAUUGACCCGGAAAUCAUGCACGAUGUGCUCUUAGGCGCAAUAGAGAGAAAGGCUGGCGAUGCGUCUUCGACAGCCGGAGACUCUUCGUUUCCACUGGUCAAGUUCCCUGUGCUCGCGAGGAACGAUUGGGUGCGGGAGCUUUUGCAGCUCAUUCACUACGCCAGCAGCAAAAGCAUAGCCCAGCCGAGACCUAGUGCCAUUUCUGGUCUUGUGGAUGCUGCUGGUCAGACUGGUCCUGGUGGGCGGUAUACAUCUCUAAAUGCAUAUAGCGCGACCGUCUUGGAUGGAUGGUCUGCACUUGUAUCGUAUUGA